AUGUUUGAUUCAGGAAGCAUUCCAUAUGGAAUUGGAAACUCAUCAACACUUCAAUAUUUAUAUUUAGGAGAGAAUAUCUUAACAGGUAUAAUUCCACAUUCAGUUGGAAGUUUAUCAAAUUUAAAGGAAUUGGCGAUCGAUAACAACCGUCUUCGGGGUCAAAUACCUAAUUCCAUCUUCAAUCUCUCCAUGUUACAAAUAUUUUCUCUUUCCGGCAAUAGUAUCUCUGGCAAUCUUCCGUCCUCAAUUGCCAAUGGGCUUCCUAAUCUCGAAAUUCUCUAUCUUGGUGCCAAUCGACUGAGUGGAGAAAUUCUUGCCUCUAUUUCGAAUUUUUCUAAGCUCACUGGUUUGGAUCUUGUUGACAACUUCUUCAGUGGGCAAGUACCCAUGAAUCUUGGGAACUUACGCAAUCUACGGAUUCUAAGUUUUUCUAGAAAUCAGUUGACAAAUGAUCCUUGA